AUGGAAGAUUUGCUGAGAUUGUGGAAUUUAAGUGAUUUACAUGAAACUUUUUGUGUAAACCACAUAACUGAUAUUGAAAUCCUCGGAGAGUUCCUCACCCAAACAACAGAAGAAAGUCAGAAAGAAAUCGCUGAUGGUCAAAAUACUCAAAAUUGUCGGAUGAUUCCAGUGAUCCACGUAUCAUCAAAUGAUUAUACUGUUGAUAAUAUAAUACCAGUAGAAUUUAUAAAUUCAAAAGGCAACACAACUUCCGUACUAGAAGAAAAUACUGUUUCCAAGAGUAAAAAAAAAAAAAACUCAAAAUUUUAUAACUUUGAUUUAAAAAAAGUGCUCAGUGAUCACCCUAUCGGCAAAGAACUAUUGUUGAUUACUAAAAAUAAAGAAAAGACUACUUUGGAAGCUCAGUGGAUCUCAUAUUUGUGCGAAAUUGUAGUGAUUGAUUGUUUGAAGAAGGGCCUAAUUCUUCAGAAUGAAGAUAUUGAAGAAUUAGCCGUAAAAAUUGUUGAAGUCUUCCCAUCGGAGUGUACUCAAACUUUUUACGUGCCUCCAGUGAAGAAAAAAGAUUCCUUAAGCCAGCUCAGCAUUGUCGCCAAAGGAAAAUUAACCGAUAAAUAUCGAAAUAUUUUAACACUUGUUAGAACUUUACGAAAAUUUGGAGAUACUUCUAGUGACUCGACUGAAUUUGAUGAAAAUACUGAAAACAAUCAUCAAAAUUCUGCUCUUGAGAGUAAGCAAUGGUUGAAGCACCAUCGAGAUGCAGUGAAUGUUUUGUUACAUUGGAAGAAUUCUUAUGAACUACGGAGAAGUGAUGUUUUAUCAAAUAAAUAUUCUAGUGCAACGGAUAUAUUAAAUGACUGGCCGAUAUUGAAAGAGUCUGUGUGUGCAGAUUUAAUAAACACUGAUUUUGAAAAAGUUUAUCCUCAGAACGUGAUAAAUUUAGGUGAUUGCUGGAACGAGACUUUUAUCAAGCUUGAGAAGAUUUCAAAAAAUAAAAUAAACCCGGAACAUCAAGGUCAUUUAGAAAUUUUGGAGCAGAAGAGUAAAGACGUUCCGUUGCUGAGCCGGUCUAUUCUUCAACUAGAAAUCUUUCUUCAUUUGUUGACACCAAAACCGCGAAAGAGAACAAAAAACGCUUCUUCAACUGCGGAGUUAGAUAAAAAUAUUAUAAAUAAAAAUACUCUAGAAAGUGUAUAUAUCCAUAUUAAAAUACCCGGCGAUAUUGACAAAGUUUGUGCUGCGAAAGUAUCUUUGAAAGCAACAGCGAAAACUACAAUUCAGCCUUACUUGAUAGUGGUAGGUCCAAAUAUUUUGGAUUUAAAAAAAAUUUACGUUCAAGUUGAUAGCUUCCGUUUUGAGGCUUCAAGCUUCGCAGCUGGAUUUGAUUUGUUAUUUAAAUUUUAUGUAUUGUUCAAACUUGCUUAUCCUGUUGAAACUCAACACUUUUGCAAUCCUGCCAUUACUCAAAGUAUGGCUCAAGACAUGAUUAAAGAUUUUCAGCAGUUAAUGACUGGAGUAUCGGCAGCUAUCUUACAAAAUUUAAAGAAAGAAAUACCAGUCGAGUACCAUGAAUUCAUAGAAGUUUGUUUCGAAAGCGAUAUUUUUGAUAAUUUUCACUCAACUUGGAAAUGUAUGCAGCAAUUGAAAGCUUCUGAUAAUUAUAUAGCUCCUCAACAAUUCAAAAUUGGCGAGAUAAAUGACAAUAAAACAGUAGGAAACACCGUUGUUUUCACAAAAAAAUCCUGCUAUGGACAAAUGAUACCAUUACGUGCAACACUGAAGAAAUUUUUGGAAUUGCCUAACGUUUUUCAAGUUGUGAGGAAUUUCAUCAGCAAUGAAUCUGCUAAAAACAAUAUUGGAGAAGAAUUUGGUGCUGAACGGUGUUUUGCCGAAAUAAAAACCGAAUUUAAUCAUUUAGCAAAACAAGGUAUAACAAUAGAAGUUGAUGGUGAAAAUCACACUAUUUAUUUUAUAUUGAUUGGUCUAUUAGGCGAUAAUUUAGCUUUAAAUAGUCUUCUUGGCUUUAAUGAAUGUUUUGAGUCAAUUCACGUCAAGUGGACCCCCUUUUUCCACUUGAUGAUAGAAAACUUAAUAAAAUAUAAUUAUCGAAAGUAG